AUGAUUCAUAAGGUUGUUAAAUUCUGCGGUUCGCAAGCGGAUGUCUCACAGAAGCUCGGAGAUUUUCUUUGCUCUCUGAAAACUCCUACUCGCAUAAUGCCAUACAGUACCGUCCGGUAUGAUUAUGCGUACCUCUAUCAAAUGUGUGACAUAACUAAUCUUGACAGAUCUAUAUCUUUCAUGGUCCCUUUCAAGGAAGGGCAGCCGCGGGAAGCAAUAUUUUCAGACCCCUUGCCAGUGGCUACCUGCCUCCCCCUACAAAUCUUUGAUUGCAUCCGGGCCAUGUGUAAUCUCCGGUCAUUAAGGCUGGACAUAGACGGGUUUAGUGCAUGUCAAGAAAGCUUUUUCUUUGGGUUGUUGCAAAACAUAGAGAUCCAGGCUGAACAUAUACGAAUCUCUGCCUCAAACCGUAUCAUGAGCCGAGUUCUGGAGAAGAGUCCUCAGCUUCAAGCACUCCAUCUCCCAAUCGGGAUCAACAUAAUUCAGUUUAAGCCCGUGGUCGGAAGGCUCAGGCGAUUAUGCGCAGGUGUAGGUCGUGUGAAAUCUGGUGGCCCUAUCCAAUUUCCGACAAUCAACGAAGUAAAUCUAAAAAGGAUUGCGGAGCGGUAUCAAGGUCUCGAGGAGCUUGUCCUUCAAAAACGCUAUUGGAAUUUCACAGAUGACAACGAAGCCGUGGUGUCCGCCUUCGAAGAAGAAUUCGCCAAGGCCAUCAAAAUCUUCAAAAAUAUGCCAGGUCUGAAGCGCCUUGCCAUCAGUAUUGAAGUCGACGUAGCUCACAGUUUUGGUUAUACCGUGGCAAGGGAGGUCAGAUUCUACAAAGACCUCCUUCUCCGGCUGUCAACCUGUUUGCCCCGCCUCGUUCAAAUUUGUAUUACCAACGACGAGGACGAAUACUGGAUGGUUACUAAGGCAUGCCCUGGUGACCUGACAAUUCAUCGAGGGAUUUUCAGUCCCGAAGGGGUAGGUUUUCCACACUCAGUCAACAAAGGCUUUUAUUGA